AUGGAGCCCAAGAUGACCCCCACACUUACUGUCGACGAAAGAUACAGAUUGAUUAUAAGGCGCCAAACGCUGUUUGAACCUUUCACUUCGGAAGACUCUCUCAAACGCCUAUUAGCCAAAAAACUACACCCCACGGUAGCAUGGGUUACGGCCCCUACCGGCAAGCCCCAUGUCGGCUAUUUUGUUCCCCUCACGAAGAUGGUGGAUUUUCUCCGGGCAGGGCUUCAGCCAAUCAUUCUAUAUGUAGACAUCUACGCACUCCUAGUGAACUAUGUUCACCCCAUGCCCCUCGUCAAACACCGUCUCUCUUAUUAUCGACACCUGACUACCGCCGUCCUGCGAUCCUUGGGUGUCUCACCGGAGCAAAUCAAGCACAUUGACGAAUCUUCGUAUGCAUAUACCGAAGCAUUCAUCCAAGAGUUUCACAAACUCAUUGUAAUGAUGCGACGGACGGAUGCACACUGCACGAGCGAAGUCGCAGAGACCGAAAUGUUAAGUCCAUUGUUAUGCUGUAUCCACCAGACUCUGGGCGAAGUUUUUACGGGGAUGGAUAUUCAGUUCGGGGGACUUGAUCAGUAUGACCUUUUCGCCCAUUCUGCAACAUUUCUUCCCUUGAUCAACCACAAACCUCGAGAACACAUAAUGAACAACAUGGUACCUUCUCUUAAAUACACUUCUCCAGAAUCUUCCCCUUCAUCCUCCACCCCUUCCUCUCCUACCCCUACCUCCAAAAUGUCCUCUUCUCAUGCUCCGGAUGCAAAAAUCGAAUUCCUAGACAGCCCGGAAAUCGUUCACAAAAAGGUUUCCAAAGCGGACUGUAACCCCGGCGAUAUCACACAGGGUAAUGGUGUUCUCGGUAUCCUUCGUGAUAUCAUCUGGCCAAUAGCUGAAAUGAAAUUCGAACGGUCAAGAGGUACGGUAGGCUACAAUUUGCUCGAGGGUAAAAAUAUAAAGACUCAAGAAGAAUCGUUCGUUUCACCCGCUGCACCAGAAUGGAGUAUUCUGAGUCUUUGUGACUUGAGUACGGGCGAGGAACGUCAUUAUAGCACCUAUCACGAGAUUGAGAUGGAUUACGCGGAUGGAAUUAUAUCUCCAAACGACUUGAAGAAUCUGGUCAUUGGCGCUCUCAAUCACUUAUUAAGUCAGAUUAGAAACAUAUACCAGGAAAGUGAAGAGUGGCAGGUGAUUGAUGAGUUGGCUUACCCCGGGGGCGUUUACUAA